UUGCUGAGCGUUCUCACCAACACUAUCUUUUUCUCCUUUUUUGACUUUAGUUUCAAAGCUUUCAGUAGGCAUGGCUGGCAUUGGGAAGACAACUUUAGCAAAAUCAGUGUUCAAAGAAGUAAAAGAAAGAAGGAUGUACCAUAAAGUAGCAUGGGUUUGUGUUUCUAAUCAUUUUGAUGAGAAAGACAUUUUAGGAGGAAUGUUAGAAUCUCUUGAUAGAACUGCAGGGGGAAUAAACAACAUUGAUGCAAUACUUUGCCAUCUUGAAAGUGAGUUGGAAAAGAAAACCUUCCUUCUCGUUCUUGAUGAUGUGUGGAAUGAAGAUUCUAACAAGUGGGAUACCUUCAGCAGUCGCUUGUCUAAAAUUGUGAAAACCACUGGAAACUCUAUUAUUAUAACAACUCGCAGUAAUCGAGUAGUAUCUGCAAUAGAGACAUGUCCUGUGCAUAAGCAUGAAAUGAAAGGGUUAUCAGAUGAUGAGUGCUGGGCUAUAAUUGAGGAGAAAGUGCAUGGAUUUGCAAGAAGACUAGUAGAUGAUAAUUUAAAAGCUAUUGGGCAAGAUAUUGCAAGAAAAUGUAAGGGUUUGCCAUUGGUUGCAAAUGUGUUGGGAGGAACAAUGGGUCGCGAUAUUGGAGUAGAAGAGUGGCUGGCCAUCAAGAAUAAUAAUGCAUGGAAUUCACAAGAUGAUCAAAAGAUUGCACCAAUUCUAAAGAUAAGCUAUGAGCAUUUGUCUGGGCCUCUGAAGAAAUGUUUUGCUUUUUGUUCAAUUUUUGAAAAAGAUACUAUUAUGAAGAAAGAUGAAUUAGUUCAGCUCUGGAUGGCAGAAGGGUUCUUGCAUCCACCUAAUGAUGAAAACAGUUUGACAAUGGAGGAUAUUGGUAACCAGUACUUUGAUGAUUUGUUAUCCAAUUCCUUGUUUCAAGAUAUAAAAAGGAAUGCAAUAGGCAAUGUGGAAUCUUGUAAGAUGCAUGAUGUAGUGCACGAUCUUGCAUUGUCUGUCGCUAGUGGUGAAACAUUCAUUUGGUAUCAGACUGGUUCCAUUGAUGAAAAUUCUAAAAUUCGACAUUUGAGGAUCAAGUCUAAUGGGGGAGUGCUUCCAAUAGGAGUUUCUCAAAAGUUGCAUUCCUUGUUCUUACAUGCUGAGUAUGCUUUCCAUGACAUUGCCUCAGAUCUUAAAAGCUUGCGAUCUCUUAUAAUGUUGAGAGCUUGCAAUGAAGAAGAUCUAUCAAUUUCUCUUAGCAAGAUGAAGCAUUUGAGGUACCUUGAUAUCUCAAGCAGUCAAAUUAAAGCACUACCGAAAUCCUUCUCUAAACUCUACAACUUGCAAACUUUAAAGCUCAUGGGGUGCAAUCAUCUGAAGAGGGUCCCUGAUGACAUAAGAAAUCUUGUUAGCUUGAGGCAUCUUUAUUUCAAUUGUGAAAAACAUAUGCCAAAGGAGAUUGGGCAGUUGACUUCCCUUCAAACAUUACCACUAUUUGUUGUUGGAGUAGAAAAGGGAUAUAGAAUUGAAGAACUUGGAUGCUUAAGCCAACUGCGAGGGGAAUUGCACAUUCAGAAACUUGAAGAUGUAGGAUCCAAAGUAGAAGCCUCUAAAGCAAAAUUAAAAGAAAAGAAAAAAUUGCAAGGGUUGAAAUUUAAAUGGAGUGCAGAGAGAGAAGCCAACAACAAUAUCAACGAUGAACAGGUUCUAAAAGGUCUUCAACCUCACCCAAAUUUGAAGAGCUUAGUUAUUUGGUAUUACCAAGGAAAGAACUUCCCAUCAUGGAUGCAGGGUGUUGUCAAUAGUUCACUCAACAACUUGAUGAAGUUGGAGCUACGGCAUUGCAAUGAAUGCUUAUAUCUUCCGAGCCUCAGUCUAUUGUGUAAUCUCCAGUUUCUUGAAAUUGAGGGGAUAAAGAAGGUAAAAAGCAUGGGCAGCAGGUUCUAUGUGGAUCAAAGCAACAGGGUUGAUGGAGUAGGACCAGCUACACAAUUCCCAGCUUUAAAAGAAUUCAGUGUGGUAAAAAUGGAAAGCCUUGAGGAAUGGGUAGAAGUAGAAGGUGUGACUGUGUUUCCUUGUCUUGAGAGGUUGAAGAUUGAGGAUUGUCCUGAGUUGAAGACUUGGUCGAUGGGUGGAUUUUCAUCUAAUCAUAAGCUAUCUUCUUUGAGAAUAAGCGGAUGUCGCAAACUGAUGACUAUACCGAGUAUGGAUGGGCUCUCAUCUCUUAAAGCUUUAUCUAUAAGGGGAUGUUAUGAAUUAAUGAGUCUACCAAGUGGAUUGGGAUCUUGCACUUCUCUUCAGGAGUUGAGAAUUUCUGGAUGCAAAAAACUGGCUUCCAUUGCAAGUAUAAAUGAGCUCACAUCUCUUACAAGCCUUCAACUUUCUAAUUGUGAUGAAUUAAUAAGUCUACCAAGUGGAUUAGGAUCUUGCACUUCUCUUCAAGAGUUGAGAAUUUCUGGAUGCAAAAAAUUGUCUUCCAUUCAAAGUAUCAAUGGGCUCACAUCUCUUACAAGCCUUGAGCUUUCUAAUUGUGAUGAAUUAAUGAGUCUAUCAAGUGGAUUGGGAUCCUGCACUUCUCUUCAGGAGUUGAGAAUUUCUGGAUGCAAAAAACUGUCUUGCAUUCAAAGUAUCAAUGGGCUCACAUCUCUUACAAGCCUUGAGCUUUCUAAUUGUGAUGAAUUAAUUAGUCUACCAAGUGGAUUGGGAUCCUGCACUUCUCUUCAGGAAUUGAGAAUUUCUGGAUGUCAAAAACUAUCUUUCAUUCAAAGUAUCAAUGGGCUCACAUCUCUUACAAGGCUUCUGCUUUUUAAUUGUGAUGAAUUAACGAAUCUACCAAGUGGAUUGGGAUCUUGCACUUCUCUUCAGGAGUUGAGAAUUUCUGGAUGCAAAAACCUCUCUUCCAUUCAAAGUAUCAAUGGGAUCACAUCUCUUACAAGGCUUCUACUUUUUAAUUGUGAUGAAUUAAUGAGUCUACCAAGUGGAUUGGGAUCUUGCACUUCUCUUCAGAAUCUACCGACUGGGCUGGGAUCCUGCACUUCUCUUCAGAAUAUGGCAAUAUGGGAAUGUGAUAAUAUAAUUUCAAUUACUGAGGAGAUUGGGGAAUUACAUUCUCUCAGUCACCUAGUGAUCCGUAAUUGUGGAACGCUGAGGAGCAUUCCAGGGGAGUGCCUGUGUAGACUCAGCUGCCUGAAGCAGUUAUCGAUAGGUGGUUUCUUGUCAGAGUUGGAGGAAUUUCCUGGACUAACUUCCAUUCAUCAACUCCACGCCUCCCUUGAAGUAGUGAAAUUGAAUGGAUGGGAUAAACUAAAGUCUCUGCCACAUCAGCUUCAACAUCUCACUGCCCUCAAGGAAUUGAUGUUACGGAAUUUCAAUGGCCUGGAAGCUUUGCCAGAGUGGUUGGGAGACCUCACUUCUCUUCACAGGCUGCAGAUUUGGGGUUGCUCUAAUUUGACUCAUCUGCCUUCAAUUGAAGCCAUGCGACGCCUCUCCAACUUACGAUCUCUUGAAAUUGGGAGUUGUCCCAAAUUAGAAGAAAGAUGCGCCAAAGAAAGCGGCCCCGAAUGGGCCAAGAUUUCCCAUAUCCCCUACAUCAAGAAAAUUGUUGGGUAGCUGCAGCAGUAAUCCGAAUAAGAGAGUAAGGUACGUUUAAUUUCUCAAAUCUAAACUGUUUGGUGUAACGGAUUCAUAGCAUACAUUUGCAAGUUUAAUGAAACUUAACUUUGUUA